ACAUUCGUUCAGAUUAUCUUUAGUUUAAAUUAUUAUUUUUGUUAUCUCAUUGAUAAAUAAUUUUGAACUAAAAGUGCUUAGUCACUUAGUAAAACUAAUUAUAGAUAUCUGUAAUUUAGCAACCUAUUAAAGAAUUUUUCUAACUAAAAAUAUUCAUGCUAGUUACAUAAGAAUUCUUAUAAAUGAGCUAUUGGGAUGUUUAAUAAUGAAAAUUUGCAAAAUUCAUUUGAGUUUAUUAAAGGCUUUCCUAAAAUUGAUGAAUUAACCCUGACCAAUGGAAAGAUGAAUGGUUCUUAUGAUAUUGAAGAUCUAAUGAAUGAUAAUGAAAAUCUAUCCCAACUUUAUUCAUUUGAUUUAAAUGAAAAGAUAUUGGAAGAAAUUGAGGAUUUAAUUAACUCAGGUCAUUUGUCACCAAAAGAUAUUAAUAAAAGUUUUAUGGAAAUUAUUAAAAGCAACAAUCCAGAAAAAAUCUUUCACAUACUUCAAAAGUUUAAAUCUUCAAAUUCUCUUACUAAACCUGUUGAGGCUUUUACAAAAAUUGAUAUUGAUUAUUUACAUAUUAAUGGCAAUGCACAUGAAAUUGAAUCUAAUCAUAAUUAUAAAGAAACUGACAAUAGCAAUAUCAAUGUAUCUCAUAUAAGACAAAACAUAAAUACUAAUAUAAUCAUUAAUAAUCAAACAAAAUUAGCUAAUUCAAUUGCUAAUUUAUCAUUAAGUGGUAGUAAUAUCAAUAAUAUAGAUAUAAAUGUUGAACUAAUUGAAGAUCUAAGUGAAUUGGAUAAAAUUGAAAAUGACAACCAAAGCAAUUCUAAUGAUAAUAGCAAUAGUAGCUAUAAUUAUCUUGAAAAUUUGACUACUGAUAAAAAAGAUAACCAUGAUAUUGCAAUUACUAAAUCUCAUAAAAACCAAAUAAAAAGAGGACCUAGUGAGACAAAAUUAAAGGAAAUACUUGAUAGAACUGGGUAUUCUCAUAACAUAACAGCUGGUCAACGAAAAUAUGGUGGGCCGCCUCCAGAUUGGGAAGGUUCACCUCCUUCUUUAGGUUGUGAGAUAUAUUGCGGAAAAAUCCCGAAAGAUAUAUUUGAAGACGAAUUGAUUCCGCUUUUCGAGGGCGUGGAUCGAAUAUGGGAUUUCCGUCUCAUGAUCGACUCCUCCAACGGGGGAGCCAGCAAAGGCUUUGCUUUCGUUCAAUAUCCCGACAAAGAAAUGGCCGAAAAAGCUGUUAAAACGCUGAACAAUUACGAGAUCAGGCCUGGAAAAUAUCUAAAGCUCAACAUAUCUAUCCCUAACUUGAGGUUAUUCGUUGGUAAUAUUCCAAAAUCCAAAGGGAAGGACGAAAUAUUUGAAGAAUUUUUGAAACUUACUGAUGGCCUAGUGGACGUUAUUGUUUAUUCAACUCCCGGUGAGAAACGCAAAAACAGGGGGUUUUGCUUUCUUCAAUACGAAAGUCAUUUGGCUGCUAGCGUUGCUAAAAAACGUUUAACCAAUAACCUUCAUAGCAAUAUAAACCCCACUGGUCUAGGUCCUGGCCCUUAUUAUUACAAUUUAGGUAAUAACAAUGCUCCUACCGGGAAUCUCAAUUACAAUUGGCCCUUUAAGAGGGUUUGGAAUUGUGACAUCAUAGUUGAAUGGGCUCAAGUUCAAGAAGAACCUCCUCAAGAGACUAUGGCUAAAGUAAAAGUGCUUUAUGUUAGCAAUCUCACAAAUAGUGUAGAGGAGUCGGAACUCAAAAAGGCAUUCGAGCGAUUCGGUCCUGUCCAACAUGUCAAGAAGGUUAAAGAUUACGCAUUCGUUCAUUUCGGGGAGCGUGAUCACGCGUUACAAGCUAUGAAAGAGAUGGAGGGUAGCAAACAUAUACAAGGCCAGAACGGAAUACCUAUAAAAGUUUCUUUAGCUAAGCCACCUUCCGACAAAAAGAAUACCACAAAUAACAGCAACACGAGUUCUAACGUGGCGUUGACGUUGAACGGAAGGAGAGGAGAUUUCAAUAAUAAUAUUAAUAGUAAUAAUAAUAGCAACAAAGAGGCCUUCUUGAAUUAUGGCGGGAACGGAGUUUACGGAAAUUUGGGCAAUAAUUUUGGACAGAUAGUCAAUCAGGCCAACCAGUGCUAUUAUUACUAUGUCGGUCGCAGGCCUAACAAUUUUAGCAAUUUAAACCCCGGAUUUAAUACCUUAAACACAGCCGCCUUUCCUGCCCCUCUCUAUAACCCGCACUCAACCCGGCUCAACAAAUAUUACCAUCUCUCUGAAGGGGGUGCGUUCCUUCCUUCCCCCAAUUCUCACAUUCACCCUUCCUCUAACAUAAAUUAUCCUAUGUAUUAUCCGCCUGUUAUGCAAAAUCCUAGUCAACUAAGCUACUUAUCGAAUUUUCAAAAUAUACAAAACCAUCAAAAAUCUAACGAUAUUAUGAUAGAUGGUGCUAAUCCGAUUAAUAAAGAAGAAAUUAAUAACAGUGUAAACAGUAUCAAUAAUGCGACUAAUAAUCUGAACUUAGUUGAAAAUAGUAACUACAACUGUAACGUUCCCAAUUGUAAUAUGCUCAGUUGUAGCAGCAAUAUAGACGUUGAUAGACAGCCCCAGAUUUACAAUAAUGGAGUUGCGAAUUAUUUGUACGAAAAUUGUCUGGCUGCUAGCCCUGGAAGAUCUUUAGUUAAUAAUGCGCCUCCAUUAUCACCUCUUAAUCCGAAAUCUUACGAAACUGACUCUUUUGAUCCCGAUUUAUAUACUCCUCACCAUCCAUCGAACGGUGGCUAUUAUUUCAAUUAUUACAACUUAUAUCAUCAACCUCCUCCCACUCCUCAAAAUGGCGCAUCUGUUUCUUCCCCGGUCUGCAAUAUUUCCAAUCAUCAUAAUAGUAAUUCCACUCAGUUCAUCGGGUCUCCAGCUGAAACCAAUACUAGUCAUAAUGGCGGGCCUACCCCAUCUCCAUACUUUCAAUUUAACAAUGCGGCUUAUCUAUUACCUUCUCAGGGUUUUACUGCCGAUCCUCCCCCUUAUUACUUUACCGUGCCGAGAGCGCAUCAGUCCUUUCAAAACUCUCAAAUUUUAAAUGGUAACCUUAAUAUUUUGAAUAAAAACAAGCAGGAGAGUAACAAUAACUAUUACAAUGUAAAAUCGAAUCCUAAAUCUAACGUAAAACUUAGCGCUCACAAGUAUAUUUAUAGUCAAAAUGAUCAACAUACUGCAAAUAAUGGGCUGAACAAUAUCGUUAAUCACAAUGCAUCUUCGAAUCACCAUCAUAAAAGGUCUAAAGGAGGGAAACGGGAUAAUAUAUCUUGUGAUAAUAGUGACACUUAUAAUAUGACAGACUUAUGUACUAAAGAUAGUGAUAUUAGUGAGAAAACGACGGGGAUUGGAAUUAUGGUUGUAGACAAAAAUAGUUGAUCUUCUUACCCAUUAUCGAUAUAAUUCAAAUAUAGUCAUUUUAUAAAAUCAAAUCAUUUGUCGCAAAACAUUUUCCCUGUCCCCAUUGCAAUAAGCAAAUUAAAUUAGGAAUUAUUAAAGAGAGAAUGACUGAUUGCCUGGGCACAUUUAUUUUCCUUUUUUUUAAAGUUAAAUAUUUCAAAACUUAUUUCUUUUGAAAAAAAAACAAAAUUUUAUAUAAUCUUUUUAUUUGAAAUAUUUACGGAUUGUUUUUUGAAAUUUAUAUUAUUAUAGCACAUUUAUUCAAUUGAGCUUUAAGAAAUUCAAAUUAUAUAACAUUUUAUUUAUAAUUAUUUUACCCUUAAAACCCAUCAUUUCAUUAGAUAAUGUUAAUUAUAAAAGUAUUAUGUGUCAAAGGAAUACACAUCAACACUUCGAAUCUUCCUCUCAUUUUCGCACAGUGAUAUCUAGGUUAUUUAAUUUAAAUCACCACCAAAUCCAUAACCUUUACAUUAAAAAAUUUUUUAAUACCUAAUUAAGCUUACAAACAAAAAAAUGAUGACAAAUAAAUUUUAUAUUGUAUAUGAAAACAAAAUUUGAUAUUAUAUUUUUUGGAAUGUGUUUUUUAUUUUCUAAAUUUUAUAUAUAAAAAAAAGUUUCUUGUUUUUAUUUUCCCGCUAGUUUUUUAUCGCUUUUAUUUAUAUUUACUAUCAUUAGAAACCAGGGUCGUUCCUGAUCGAAAAUUGAAAUUUUAUGCAAACUGAUCAGCUUCUAAAGGGACACCUUGUGGAUCUCUUAUUAUUAUAUUACAAUAUUUAGAUUAAUAAUUUGCCCCCCAAAAAAAAUCAAUUUUUUUAAAUAGAAAAGUUUUUCGUGCAACAUUAAGGUUAAUGCAUAAUUUGUGUGUUUCAACGUUUAACAUGUUGGAGAGAAAUGUUAAUUUAAUAUUUAAUAAUUUGUUUUUAUUAUAUAUAUAUACUAAUAUUAUAUUAUUAUCAUUUAUAUUAUUUUUUAUAUUUGAUCAUGUAUAUAAUAGGAAUUGUGAAUUUAGCAAUAUAUAUUUUUUAGAUUUUUAUCGCGGAUAUUAUAUUAUAACUUAUAGGACAUAAGGAUAGGUUGAAGAUGAACACAUUUUAGGAAUAAAAUAUUAUGACUCAUAUUUUAUAUUAUAUAUAAAUAUUAAUAUUUACCUAUUAUUUAUAUAAAUAUCAAACGCAAAUGUGUGAAAUAAU